UGAAAAGUCAGCGAAGCCUUCUCUCUCUCUCUCUCUCUCUCUCUCUCUAAAGCCAAAUUCUCUUUUCCUUUCCCUUAAUGUUCGUCUUCCACAAAGAACAAACAUAAAUUCCAACUUCACUUCAAAAUACAAAAAACCUUAUAUGUUUGCUUGCCUUCUCCCUUUAAUUUCAACACCAAUUUUAACCAACUCAAGUGUGUGCGUUUUUGUUCCACAAAAACAUUCUUAACUAAAUUCACUCCAACUAUCAAAGUCCCAAAGUUUCUUCUGCCUCUCAAACUUCCCUUCAAGGGCAAAAGGAGUACACAAGUCAAAUCAUGACACUGAUCUCCUCUUCUUCUUGGUUCUCUACUUCUUUUGCAACUAUCUAAUCCCUCCACUUCGAAUUAUGCGCCACGGUGAUAGAUUACGAGGUGAAGGAACGCGAACAAUCAUGGAUGGCUACACCAUCGGUGACCUAACCGACAUAGUCCGAGCGAGUGGCGGCGGCAGCGGCCCUAGCAAUAAGUCAAGCAUGGUAGCUGAAGAACUGGUUUCGAUCUCAACUGACUCCUGGCAGUUCCCGGCAAACAGCAGAGGCAAUAGCAAUAUCGAUAAUUCUGUGAGUAUCAUACCUCCCUCGUCGUCCAUGGAAGAGAGUUUUGGGGACCCGUUCUCAGACAUGAGAGAUCCGCUUCUUCAUCACGGGCUGGAGACCAUCUUUUUCAAUUCUAGCUCCUCAUCAACAGCAAGCCCGGUGGAGGUGAUCGAUGCUGCCUGCAGGGACGAUGUCUUCGUCCCGAAUAUGUUUACGAGGAUGCUCCAGAUGUCUGCCCCCGAUGCCAACCCCGGCCACCACCAGCUGCCCAUCUCACCCCGAUGCCAGUCGCCCGUGGUAGCUGCUUCUUCGCUCAUGAAGGAGAUCAAGAUUAACAGCAGUAGCCCGGCGUUGGUGGCUCAUCACCAUCAGGUAGAUGGAAGCAUGAACCGAAGUAAGUCAAAAGGUUGCUUGAUGGAGAGCACGGCCAUACAGAUCUCGUCUCCCGGCAACUCCGGCAUCAAGAGGAGGAAGAGCCAGGCAAAGAAGGUGGUAUGUAUACCAGCACCAGCGGCGGCAAACAGUCGGGCAAGUGGGGAAGUGGUGCCGUCAGAUCUGUGGGCAUGGAGGAAGUAUGGUCAAAAACCUAUCAAGGGUUCCCCUUACCCAAGGGGCUACUAUAGAUGCAGCAGCUCCAAGGGCUGCUCGGCGAGGAAACAAGUGGAGCGGAGCCGAACUGAUCCCAACAUGCUAGUCAUAACAUACACCUCAGAACACAACCACCCGUGGCCCACCCAGAGAAACGCGCUAGCAGGCUCCACGAGGUCUCAGCCCUCAAAGAGCAAUGGUAGUAGUGCUGCCAAUACUUUGAAAGGUGCGCAGGUUAAUCCUCACCCCCAAAAGGAGGCUAUGGCAGUGAUGAAGGAACAGAAAAAGGACACUGAUACUGCAUCAUCAGUUAAUACUACUGCAUUGGUUAAGGAGGAGAUCGAGGAUGUUGAGAGGCAUAUGGAAAUUGAAGGUGGCCAGGAAUUCAGCGCCGAGUUUUCAAAUAGUUACCGCCCCUCUGAGCCUGAAGAAGCCAGCCGUUCGGAUGACUUCUUUGCAGACUUAGGAGAAAUAGAUGGCGAUCCAUUGAGUCUUUUAUUUAACCAUGGAUUCGGUGGAGAUGGAGGGAAAGACACAAAGGGCUUGGAUCCUUUUGGCAUCUUCGACUGGUCGGAAGAACAGAACCCGCCUUUCGGGGUGAAGUGAGAAAGGACAUACGUACAAAAGACCUUGACAUGGUUGCUAUACUACCUAUCUAGUGAAACCAUGUUAGCAUUUGAAGUUCUUCCACUUCAAGCUCAUCGUCAGACUGAAUCAACAUCAUAUAUAUUAUAGGGAGUACCAUAAAAUUCAACACUAUAUAUGUUGUUGAUUCAGUGUGAUAGACUCUUCAUCCUAGCCUGCAGACGAUUUACGCGAUUCCCAUAUAUGAUUGGUUCAUCUCGGUGCAAAGUUUUAGAUUCAGUCUAGGAAAUGAUAUGUGGACAUGAUAUAUAGAGAGAAUUUCAAUAUCCUCUUUAAUUAAAUUUCAUUCACCAUGCAUUUAUUGUCCAUUUUAUGGGGUUUAGUUUUGUGCCUGAUUUACAAGAGAGGGUGCUGGUGGAUUUUGGAGCAUGUCAAGGAAAGGGAGACCCACAUUCUCUGUUGGAAUCAUUGUAUAUAUUGCGGGGGGUGGGAGGAUGGGACAGAAAGCUAAGGAACAGAAGGUCUCAACAGUUAAAACAAGUACGUCCAUAAGACAUGACUUUGUGAUGAGCUUGAUUUUAUGUGUAUUUUGAUAUAAAAUAAGAUGGGAUCGACAAGGCCUUUCAUCUU